AUGGUUUUUGAUGAUGAAGAAGAAGAGAGACCCAAGAAACGAUUCAAAACAAAUGGUAGUGGUUUCAAGAAAAGAAAAUCCAGCUUGUCUGAUCCGAAUCCAACGGUUGCCGACAGUGAGCCAAACCCCUUGCCAGUGAGAGAAUAUGAUGCUUCCGACCACCCACAGAGGGAUCCGAAUCCCAAUGUUCCUAGGCCAGAAGUUCCUCCACCAGCAUGUUCAUCGUCCGAACGUUGGCAAGCUGUGUUUGAGGAGGCUAAGACCUUCGCACCACGCGUAGGCAACACCCGAUGUCCUGCAGAUUCAACAGCAUGGAGUCACGCCCAGACCAUUUUGGAAACCACCAUGAAGAUCACAGACAUGUUUGUGCGCAGGGGUACGGAACGUUUUCAGGUGCCACUUCAAGCCCCAGCGUCCCAUCAGUUUCCUUUGCGGUAUACAGUAUGUUUGCAUCGUGAGACAUCAGCCAUUCAUGACCUUGGUUUAGAAAACUGGCAUGAGAGCACCAGAGCUCAACGCAUCCGAAAGUGUAUCCCAUGCAAGCUUAUCAUAACCAUGUUUGGAUGCUCUCCUGAGAUUGAAUCUGCACCCGCAAAAGAAGUAGCCGAUGAUGCUGAGAAGACGAUGGCUCCCUCAGAACCGCCCACAGCAAUUCGAGUGUCCGGCAAUCAAGGGUUGCCAGCUGCAGUUCACGAGCGUACUAGCAAUGUUCCAUGUGAAGGUUGGGCACCACCUCCGGUACCACUUCACGGGCCAAAGUUCAGGUUGCUGAAUGCCCAGGAAAAACAAGACCUAGUGAAAUUGCACAAGAAUUUGGGUCACCCAGAUCCCAUAAGACUAGCACAUCACCUCAAAGAAGCCGGAGCCCAUGAACAUGUGAUUGAAGCCGCCAAGGAGUACAUUUGCGAUGCAUGUGUGGAGACUUCAAAAUUCCGUCAUCAGAGACCAGCCAAGCUUCAUGAUCCAAAAGAAUUUAACGAGUUGUUGGGUAUUGAUGGUUUUUUUUGGACAGGACGUAGGUUGCAGAAUCGUCAUCUUGAACACGUGGUGCCCGUCUUCAAGGAAAUGUGGAUGUCUUGGGCCGGACAACCGACCGGUAUUUACUCUGACCCCGCCGGGGAGUUCCGUGCUGGACAUUGGCUUGAUUUCUUGCAACAACAGAACAUAGAGCCACGUUUGUCCACCGAAGCAUGGCAGAAGGGACGCAUUGAAAGACAUGGUCAAAUCAUCAAGAACAUGUUGGAUCGUUUUGAUCGAGAAAAGAAAAUUGAAGACGUUCAAGAACUUGACCAAGUCCUUCAGUCCUGUUUCCAAGCCAAGAAUGCACUCGCUCGUCAUCAAGGUUUUUCACCAGAGCAAAUUGUGUUGGGAAAAGCCACUAAGGUGCCUGCUUCCCUAACAUCUGAUGAACAUGCCUCAGCCCAUAGCCUAGCUGAUGGAUCUGACCUUGAAAGCGAAGUUUUUCGGAGAAACCUUGACAUCCGUUCCAGAGCAAGACGCAUGUUUGUGCUUGCCGACAAUGACUCGGCGAUCCGCAGAGCUUUACUCCGCAAGUCACAACCGCAUCCUGGAACCUAUGAGAUAGUUGAUGCAGCCGAGACAGAGAAUGUUCUGUCGUGCUAUGAGAUCAGUGACUUCCUACAAGAGGAUCCGAUUCACGAAUGGAAUGUGUUCCAAUCGGGCACUGAGUCCUCCGAUAUUUGCCUGGCCGAAGAUGGUUUGCCCCUUUUAGAUGUAGCGUCUGCCGGAAAAAGGGCCCGAGCCGAAGUCCAGAUCAAAGAUCUGACCGCAGCCGAAAGACGGCUUUUCGACACUGCCAAGGAAGCUGAGUUAUCAUGUUGGCUUCAAACAAGCCUCAUUGGCAGUUUGCAGUACGCCACCACGAACACCAGACCAGAUGUGGCUGCAAAGCUUGGGGAAAUCCAAGUUCAGUUGUCGAAACCGACUGUCUCGACCCUGAUGGAGGCCAACAAAGUUCUGCGUGAGGCAUUUCGUCAAAUGCAUGCUGCCGUGGUCGUAACGGACUGCAAAUCCCUGUAUGAUCUUGUGAGCCGCAGAGCGAUGCCAUCGUGCGAAGAAUAUCGCACAACGCUGGAAGUCCUUCUUAUCAAG